AUGGCUGCCUACUUUCAGUACCUGUCUUUCUCCAUGGAGCUCCACGCAAACGUGUCGGAUGUCACCUUCUCCCCAGUGUAUGGCGACUUUGGGGGGUUGGGCGACAUGACUACCGUGGUGUGCCCGGUGUUCGUCAGCCCGAAAUGCAGCAACGGCUCAGAGUCAAGUGAGAGGCUGUUGCUGGGGGUGGUGGGGAAGGACGUCACGCUGGAGAUGUUGGAGGAGGAGGGCCUGAGACGGGAUGAAUUGGAACAGAAAAUCGACGAGAAUCUUGGAAAAGCCAGGCAGUGCAGACAGCACUACCACUAUUCGAAUUGUAAGAUGCAGGCCCUGCGCAAGUUUAGAGCGCGCAGGCCAAGCCAGGCUCAGUGCCCAGCCAGCAGGUGGACCGCGUCCGAUCCGGACAAGUGCUACAAAUUCAAGUCCAAGGUCUACCUGCUGGUGGGUGAAGCUGUGAAGUUCGAGGCAGCCCUGCAGCGCUGCAGCGAUCUCGGCGGCCGGUUGGCAGAGCUGGGUCCGGCGGACCCUUAUGAGCAACAGCACUUUCUGGCAUCGAUCGUCCCCCCUGACGGGGCGUGGAUCGGACUGCAGCCUGUGGGGAGGGACUGGGUGUGGGUGGGGUCACAGAGGCAGGCACAAGGGGAACGGAUGUGGAUCGCAGAGCCGCUGAAGAACACGCUGUGCCGGGGAGGCUUCGUGGACCCCAGAGGGAUAGAGUUCAAUGUUGGUGCCAGAAAAUGUCAAGAGAAGACGGCGUUUGUUUGUGAGUUCAAUUCCACUGCAAAGGACCUGCCGCCUGAAUGUCAGGGAAACACCACGGUGGUGUCGCCUGAAGAAUUGAAUGCCACCACUGCUGAGGGAUGUCUGGGUUCCCAAGCAUGUGCUGUGGCUACUGACAAUUUGCAAGUUCCUGAUCAGCUUCGCAGCAAAGUCAUAUGCAAGGCAAAGGAGCACAGGCCAAAGCAGUACAACGAACUGGUGUGCUGCGCUCCUCAAGACCUGCCGGAGGUUUGCUUGACAAAGGAACAGGCCUUGGCGAACACCAGCUCAACACCUCAGAAAACGGACACAUCGUCAAGCGGGAAUUCAUCCCAGAUAGCGGCUCUAGCUGCUGCUAUUGCCAUCGUAGGGGUUGUGUUCCUGGCGCUGACAGCGAUGCUGGCAGCGGAGGCGAAGUCGCCAGGAGCGUUUCAGAGGGCUUACGAGGGGAUGGUGCACAGGUGA